AUGGAUUUUUCGAGAUUUGAUUUCAUAAAUAGUAGAAGAAUAAAACAGUUCAUUAACGAAUACAAGGACUGCAAAGUAACUUGUGAUUCUAGAAUUAUGUUUAUUAUUAACAGAUAUUUCGAAAUUGACCCAUCUUUGCAAUCAAAAUUCAGAAACAUGAUUGUUCGUAAUUUUGAUAUGACAUUCAAGUUUAAUGAAACCGAAAAGUACGUAGUUCUCAUAUUCCCAGAUAUCCAACUCAUUAAGUAUAUAAUUGCGAAAAAUGCUGAAAUCAUUCAAGAAACAAAUGUUAAACCAUCAAUUACAAUCAUGUUAUUACCACAUCUCACAGAACUUAUUGCCGCCUAUUUAAUGGACGAAGAUCUUUACUAUCCUUCUGCAGAAAUUUGUUUAUACGGAAAAACAUCGAAGACCGAUAAACCCGAAUCAAAUAUUAAAGUAGAGUCAUUAAAUAUUAACUUGAUCCCAUUAGAUUCAGAUAUUGUUACGAUGAUUACUGAAAAUUAUCUUUCAAGGCUUUGGGCCUUUAAUGAGUUAACCGCGAUAUCUGAAAUCAAUGCUUGUCUUGAUGCUAUAUCUACUAAUUGUGAAGGUUUCGCAAGUGUUACAGCCAUUGGCGACAAAUCUGGAAUUUGUGCGAAACAUUUAAGCGAUAUCUCACCAACAGCUACAACGCACCUCAUUCUUAUAGAUAGAACUGCUGAUUACAUCACUCCUUUACUCACACAAUCAGGAAUUGAAGGAGUUAUUGCAGAAUUAUACGGAAUUAUCUACGGAACGACGUCAUUCAUUGAUAACAGUGAUCAAUCGAGUGGCCAACUCUUCCAUAUCUUCAACAGUCAGUACGAUCCACUUUAUCCUGAAUUUAGAUUAUUAUCUAACCGCGAAUUCGUCAAGAAAUGCAACGAAUACCACGAAAUCGUUGAACAGACACUCAGACCAAAUACAGAUAAGAAUAUACAAGCGAAAAGAGAUGAUUUUAUCUACGCAUCAGAAAAGUUCAAACAAAUCCACAAAUCAUUGCGAAGUUAUGAGAGUUUAUCAAGACAUAUCAUCAUAGAAAGUCGCCAGAACCCAUUCAGACGCGAAGUUCAAGAACAAGAGUUUUUAAUGAUCAAACAAUCAGAAAAAGGUGGCAAAGCGCAUAACCAGAUUGAAGACAAGUUAUUCCUUUACGGAGCAGACUUCAGGUACAUCGCGCGCAUCCUUUGUCUUGAAUACCAGCUCAAUCCAUUAGAUAACGACAAAAGCAUCGUCAGACGCUACGAAUCUCUUGUUCAGAGAAUAUAUGCGAACUAUGGCCUCCAACAGAUACCUUUCCUCAUGAGGUUGAAACAGAUGGGAUUAUUAUCACCAGAACCACAAAAGACUGUUACUUUUAAGACACUUUGCCAGGAAUACGGAUUGAUUGAUGAAGAAGGAAACAUGUACGACGGAUAUGUUCCUUUGACAACACGUCUUGUCAACAAAAUCAUCAAAGGUGAGAUUGAACAAAUGAAGAAAACACUUUCACAGAAGAACAUCAGUUUCACGCAGUUCGGAAGAUUCGAUCCUAACGAUUCCAUCAUUGUUGGCUUCGUUGGAGGAUGCACACAUUCAGAAGUUAACUCUAUGCGUACAAUGUCUAAGAAACUGAAAGUUAAGAUGAAUUUCUUCACAACACGCGUUUACACACCUAACGAGUUCAUGGACGACAUCGCUUCUGGCAUUCCAGGUUGGGAAUCAGUUAUUGAAGCUGUUCCAAUAAGAGUUUUACAUCUUUAA